ACACCACUUCCAGCCGCACCUGGUUUCCUGUCCAGGGACCGACCAGGACCAACCCUGGGGGAUAUGCUGCUGGCAUAGCCGUAUUGAUAUACAAUCACUAAGCCUAUUUUUACUGUGAUAGGCCUACAUUGGAAAAAUACACUUCGGAGACCUAUUAGUCUAAUAAAGUGCCCAGCAAAAAUUGUAAAAUUGGCCUAGCUACGACAGGCUAUUAUUUGAUCAGCAAAAUGCAUAUCUAUAGUCGUGUGUGUGCUCGUGUAGUACGCUAGCAUCUAUAAGGAUUUCCAUUAGUGGUCUAAAAUUACUGUGUCCCAUGAUACAAAUUACGGAGAGAACAGAUCCACAGAGCAGAACGCACUCAUGUUAUGAUUCAUCACACGGCGUGAAUCCAAAGAAUGUAUUUUGUAAUCACAACAUACGGACACGGGAUUCCUAUCUCCAGUUGGAAUGAGGACCGUGCGUUUUGCUGUUGGGACUUUCAUCAGUCUGAUUUUCCAAGUGGGUAUGACGCACCAGAGGACGAAUGGUGAAUAUUGCCAUGGUUGGAAGGACGCGCAAUCUACCUGGCGAGAGGGUUUCCACUGUCCCGAGCGCAAUGAUCAAAGAGAAGCGGUGAUCUGCUGCGGAGCUUGUGGGCUGCGCUACUGUUGCGCACUCAUGAGAGCAAGACUGGAUCAGGGAAACUGCAACAACCACGAGCAAGUUCAACAGCCUGGCACUUCUGAUGACAAGAAAGUUGCCAAGAGCGCAGCAGGUGGUGUGUGGCGCGGUGUGAGGGGAGGUCAUGCCCCUGGUCAAGAGGAACAUAGAGCCCCGGCACCUCUGUCGAGGGGGGCUGCCCGAGGGGAUUGGCAGUGAGCUGGAGUGUGUCACCAACAACACCCUCUCUGCCAUCAUACGGCAGCUCAGCAGUCUAAGUAAACAUGCGGAGGACGUCUUUGGAGAGCUUUUUAGUGAGGCUAACACAUUUUAUGUGCGUGCCAACGGUCUCCAAGACCGCAUCGAACGCUUGGCUGUCAAGGUCACCCAGCUGGAUUCCACUGUGGAGGAGGUCUCUCUGCAGGACAUCAACAUGCGCAAGGCAUUUAAAAGCUCUACAGUCCAGGACCAGCAGGUGGUGUCCAAGAGCAGCACGUCCAACCCUGUGGAGGACAUGUACAACACCAGCGACAAGCCUCCUUCUCUCAGCAUUCUCUCUGCUUACAGAGAUGACCACACCGAUGGGAUGAAGUUCUACACUGACCCAUCCUACUUCUUUGACCUGUGGAAGGAGAAGAUGCUGCAGGACACGGAGGACAAGAGGAAGGAGAGAAGAAGACAACGCGAGCAGAAGCGAUGUGUUGACGGCACACUUCAGCGCGAGGUGAAGAAGGUUCGUAAAGCCAGAAACCGCCGUCAGGAGUGGAACAUGAUGGCGUUCGACAAAGAGCUCCGCCCAGACCACCGCCACCCUCACUCUCUCCACCGGGGGGCGUCGUCUGAGGGCUCCCUCUCCCCGGAGAGCAGAUAUGGUCAUGACCUGCCAGACUACCCAACUGCUCCAGGCCUUCCACAUUCUGCAUCCAACCAUGCCCUGGCUCACCCCUACCCGCCUGCAGACAUUCACGAGUCUGUAGAGCAUGAGUACCACAGCAUCGGAGUCAGUUACAGAGAAGGGACUCUCAACCGCACACACCACUCCCCACCUCUGCAUCGCUCCACUGAGAGAAUAAAUGGCACUAUGACGCUUCCACCUGCGGACUACAGUAUAAUGGAGUACUAUGCCAGUUCCGGACCACCACCCCCUCCCCCAGCCCCUCUUAUCCCAUCCGCACAGACAGCCUUUGGCUCUCCCAUGGUAUCCCCCACCCCCCUUACUGGACCUAGGACAGGGGCCACAGGCUAUGGUCUCCCACCCCUACCUCCCCCAGGACCUCGUAUGAUUCCACCUCCCCCAGGUCCCCCUCCACCACCAGUACCCCCUGCCCCACUCCAACUGGCAGGACUCGGUGACGGGAAGAGACAGGACACCCAGCCUCGAAGUGACCUUCUGUCAGCAAUUCGCAUGGGCAUCCAGUUGAAAAAGGUGCAGGAGCAGCAGGAGCAGCAGGCUAAGCGGGAGCCUGUGGGGAACGACGUGGCCACCAUCCUGUCCCGUCGCAUCGCAGUGGAGUACAGCGACUCGGAGGGCGACUCCGAACUGGAAGAGAACGACUGGUCCGACUGAUCCUGACCCCGUCCUUUACAGUGACCUCAACCAUGGACACAUCGCUCCUCCAGCCCAGCUAUCCCACAAUGGUGAUGAUGCAGUACAGAUUAAUUAUGGGAGUCAUAUUUUCAGUAUGCAUUAAGUGGGUAUAGGCUGAGAAACCACUUGCAUUUUAGUCUAAGUCCUGUAGGUGAGUGGACAGGACUUGAAAUGAAGGCAAAUUAGUGUCCUGAUGAACUGAGAUUCAGCUGAAAUCACUCAAAGGUACACGGACCAAAUAAUCAAGUAGUGAAUUUCCCUUUUCCCUACAGAGCUGUCUAAUCUCUCUUUAUCAGACACCAAUGUUACCAUUUCAUCUGACAUAGAUCACCAACACUGUAUUCUCAAUGUCAUUAACCUCAUUUAUGAUUUGAUCUGGAUUUAGAAACCAUUAGAAAGGCUUGAGGUUCUCUCUGUAGCAUAGACUGGCUCUGAACAGACAUAGCGGGUACGUUCCAGCCCGACUGUGUUUAAAAUGCAACCAGUGACAAUAAUUAUGAAUUGCUUGUCAAUGUAAACAUGUCUCUUCACAUGUAUUCCAGAAAAUUACAUAUGAUAUGCAGAUCAGCAAGCUGACCACUGAGUGGCACUGUGCUCACGUUUAAUGCUCACUAUUUGAAUGAUUCAUUUUUGAGAUUCGAUAAUAAAAAAUGAAUUCUA